GAAUCGGGAUUUUGGCGGGAUAGCCGCGAGCGGUCUGGGAAUGGUUCCAAAUAUGGCUAGCAAAACCAAAUAAGGAUCAGGCUUUAAACAGCUGUGUUGGUUCUCCUGUGGUUUUAGUUCACGCUCGAUCAGAGCUUGAUUUUUUUUUUUUUUCGCGAAGGUCAUCCAAAAUCUUCUAGUUGUAUCACAUCUUUACAUAGAAAAGAGGGACUAAGCUGCCUGCCGGCGAUGAGCGAAAACUACCGAUUCGAGACAUCAGCGACGGCACACACGUGUCAACUUUCUGAGGUGCCUCAGCCAGUCAAUAUACCAAUUUACGCGUCAUCGACAUUUGGAGUAGGUACCGUCAAGCAUGGGGCGGACUUGUCGGAGGGAAAGGCAGACGGCUACCUCUACAGUAGGUGGAAUAACCCAACUGUAGAUGCUGCCGCACAAACACUCAAUGCUCUAGAGGGCGGGGUGGGAACUCUGUUGUUCUCCUCUGGGAUGGCGGCAAUAUCAACUGCUCUACUGUCACUGCUUAAAGCUGGGGAUCAUGUGGUUGCACCUAAAAUUGUGUACAGUGGAACGCUUGCCUUACUUCAGACUGUCUUGCCUCGGUAUGGAAUAGAAGUAACCCUGGUCACUGGUGACUCUAUGGAGUCCUACCAAGAAGCUGUCAAACCAAGCACAAAGGUGAUUUAUGGUGAAACCCCAUGUAAUCCGACCAUGGCUGUUCUUGAUCUGGAGGCAUUUGCACAGCUUGGAAUGAGCUUAGGUGAGGGUGUGGCCACCAUGGUGGAUAGUACUUUUGGGUCUCCAUUCAACCAGGCUCCACUGCGACAUGGUAUUGAUGUUAGCAUUCACAGCUGCACCAAGUAUCUGGGUGGCCACAGUGAUCUGGUUGCUGGCUCGUUGUCAGUCUCAUCAACACACCUCCUCAAGAAAUUCCAUGAAUAUCAGAAAUUCUUUGGUGGAUGCUUGUCCCCAUUUGAUGGCUAUCUUCUUCUACGAGGGAUCAAAACUUUACAUGUGCGAAUGGAACGACACAACUCAAAUGCUUUGGAGAUUGCCAAGUUCCUAGAAAAUCAUGAAAAGGUUUCAGUAGUGAAUUAUCCUGGACUUCCUUCCAACCCUGGUCACCUAAUUGCAAAGAAACAAAUGAGAGGUUUCAGUGGCAUGGUGUCAUUUGAGGUUAAGGGAGGUUUGCAAGAGGCUGUCAAAUUUGCAGAGAGCCUAAAGUUGGUCAAACUAGCUGUGUCGUUGGGUGGCACUGAUAGCCUAGUGGAGGUCGUAAGCUGCAUGACACAUCCGGACAAGUAUGUGACGCCUGAGAUGAAGGCUGAAGCAGGAGUCAGUGAUUCUCUUAUCAGAAUAAGUGUUGGCCUUGAGCACGUUGAAGACCUCAAGCAAGACAUUGCACAAGCACUUGAUCAAAUGCCCUAGAAUAUUACAGAAAAAUAAUUUUAAUUACAGAAUCCUAUGACCUACAUGCAUUAGGUAUUACAUACUUAAGCAGCAAACCUCUAUUGAGUGACCACUUUUCACUGUCCCAUGGGGUGGUUACCUCAAUAAAGUGACCACUUUCACUGUCCCCAGGGUAGCCACUUAAGCAGCAUACAACCUCUAUAAAGAGAACACUUUUAUUGUUCCCAGGGCGGCCACUUAAGCAGCAUACAACCUCUAUAAAGUGAACACUUUUCAUUGUUCCCAGGGGUAGCCACUUAAUUCGCCACGCGCCCUCUAUUGAGUGACCACAAGCAAGGCUACUAGUAGUACCAUUACAGACCCAUAGCCCUGGGGAGUUCAGAAGGAUCGCCCCCCUCAAGCAUAUUAAGGCCUUGGUAGUUUGCUCUUAUUUGCAUUUAUGUGUGUCAUAUGAUAGCGUUUUAGCACCCAGAAUUUUCUCUGCCGUUAAAAAGAUAGUCAAUAUUUUGUUAAGUCACAUGGCCUGCUGUGAAUUGAAAUGUUGAUUUGUGACCAAAGGGCUAAACUUUUCUUGCCGGUCAAGACAUCAGUGUGCAGAAGUGUUUCAAAGGAACAUAAAAACGAGUGAUGUUUUCUUUUUCAUAGCGUAUCCACCAGCAGAGAAAUUUUUAAAAUAUUGAUUUGCAAAAUUCACAUGAUCGGCUGGAUGACGUCAUCACUCAAAAUAAAAUAUUACCAAAUAGCUAACAUUGCCGAGUUUGAUGUUUUGAUCAAAAAUGGUGCAUUUAAGGCAAUGUGAACUAACUUUAAGGCAACUUUCAAAAUUUCAACUGUUUUUAGCUUAUGUUACAAGCCUUAAAAAUACUUGAGCACUUCACUGGAAGGUAUGCUCAAAUAAAUGAGAGUGCCACAGUGAGCUAGGAUCAAAUAGGAUGAGCUACUACCUUAAAGAGAGUGGUCUACUAAAUAGGUAAACAAACUCCUUCUUUCAAACCCCUGGCUAUGGGCCAGCAUUACGUAUAUCAAUAGAGACAACUGUACUUCACCAUUCUUUAUUCUAUAGACUUACAGUACUGUGUAAUGACAGUUUUACUGUUCAAAUAAUACAAGUGUUACACAAACAACUUCUCACACUGCUAUUAUUUUGUUAUGGUACUUUUACUGUACUGAAUAUGUUAAAUAGAGUAUCGAGAUUUCACACUAUAAACAUUCUGACCACCUCUGCUGAUGAUGGUGAUGAUGGUUAUAAUAUAAGUAUUUAUUAUAUAUUUAAAUAAUUUGUUUUCUUUUUACUAAAAACAAUAGAAUGGUUAAGUGUAAGUAAGGGUAUUAUUAGGUAUUUUCUUUAAAUAUUACUUCAAGUAAGUCAUAAUCAUGGCCAUAGCUAGACAAUUCUGUAUUGGGGGAUUUGAGGAGGGGGGGGGGGGGGGUUGGCAAGCCUCAUUCAUCCCUUGUAUUUGACAGGAAGGCAAACAACAUUUAAUUCUGUAAAAUACUCUAACAAUUAUAUGAUUCCCCGCUUAUAUGAGGUGCAGAAAUAGUAGGAUAAUAGAUUCAGUAAAAUGAAAGGUGUUUAAUUUUCUCUUGUUUUUUGUUUGAAAUACAGGACCGUUUGCAAUACAGUGGAACUCUGUUAGAGCCACAUUGUCUCCAGUUUACUUCCAGAGGUCCGACAGAGGUCCAUCCGCUCUAAAUUAUCAAUCACAUCCUCAAAGAAACUUUCAAUAGACACAUUUCUUUCAACAUUUUGAAAUAUUUUUCGUGUUUUCCAUUAAAAAUAGUGAAGUAAAUUGGUGACAAUGCAGCUUUAACUGGAAUGCUCUUAGGAGACAAAGGACAGUUAUAUGUAAGUAGAAAUGACUCAAAAUUUACUCCCUAAGGAGUUUGAUAAGUCAAUUAGGAAUUCUAGUUAACCAAGUCAUCUUGAUUCCACUGUACAUGACAAACUAAAAUGACUUCUGUAUCGUUAUAUGCCUAAUAUGAUGAGUGACUGACUUCUCCUUUCCUUCACUCUUCUCGCUGUUGAUGUUUCCAGGCAACGUACUGUAAGCAUCUGAGGAGGAGCGUUUAGGGGCUUGACCGCUUGAGGACUUAGAUAACGGAGGGAUGUUCACCCAGCAUCCCUUACGGCUUGAUGUAAUAAUGGCAUCCAUCACUGACCUGGUGUAUAAACCUGUAAAGAGAUCAUUACUUAUUGUUGAGUGCAUGUAUUAUGAGCCCUCCAAGCUCUGGAGAUUAGGAAACCAUUCCCCUGUUAUUGACAUUAAAUAAAUUAUGUAUUGUUAUUGUAUUACAUGAAAAAUAAACUUAUGGAUAUUGA